AUGCAAAGUAAAAUUUUGAUUCGAGAAAAUCCUAGAUCUCUAGUUUUUAUACAAUCCAAAACUUCAGAAAAUUAUCUUUCUUCAGAUAACAUUGCAUUAUUAUUUGAGCCGAUACCAGGAAAUUAUAAUGUCAACGUACCAAAAUGCAAAGUUCAAUUAAUAUCUAAUUUAGAAUUUGAUUUACAUCAGUAUCGACUUUUUAACACAAAGCCUAUGUAUGGCUGUCUUGGCCUGAUAGAAGUUGAAAAAGGAGUUGUGACAGACUGCAAACAUAUUGGCCGAAUACGGCCAGGCGAAUCUGUUCAUCGUAUUAUAGAUGUAGAGUUUUAUUCCUUAACAAAUAAUUCAUGGGACUAUUCUUCGACAACAUAUAGUAAUUCAAGUCGAUUACAUGAUGAAGAUAAUUCAUCUUCUGUUUCUGUUCAUCCAUGCAAUCAAUUAAGAAAAUUACUUUCGAAUGGCCAUUUUUAUUUUUCAUCGAAUUUUGAUUUGACGAGGACUUUGACAGUGAGAGCAAGUAUGUCUAAAGCUGAUAAAUACUCGUAUGAUAGCCAUUUUCUAUGGAAUAAAUUUAUGAUAAAAGAAUUGUUAAAUUAUCGCUCUAAACUUAAUGUGACUGUUGGUACAAGCAAUGCUUCUUUGUCUGUUAUUUCCAAAUUAAGCUGUAAGAGAGCUGGAACUAGAUAUAACACUCGUGGAAUUGAUGAUGAUGGAAAUGUUGCGAAUUUCGUAGAGGGAAUUCAAGUCAUGAGUCAUAAGAUCCAAAUAUCACGUGGACCAGCAGCAACGUUACCAGCAGUUGAACGACAUUUUAAUGAGUUGCAAAGUAGAUAUGGUGAAGUUUAUAUACUUAACCUACUUAGUCAACUCAAAGAUGGCGAAUUUCUAUUAUGUAAUGAAUAUCAGGAUCGAACAAAUGAUUUAAAUAAACACGGAUACAUUUAUCAAUUUUUUUCUUUUGACUUUCAUGCCAUUUGUGGGAAUUCAAAUUAUGAGAAUUUGUCAAUACUAAUUCGAGAUAUUGGAAAAAAUUUGGAAUCGACUGGUUUUUUUUUGUUGGAUAUAGAAACAAGCUCACCAAUAUUUUAUCAAAAAGGUGUUUUUCGAACUAACUGUGUGGAUUGUUUGGAUAGAACAAAUAUUGUACAAACAGUUAUAUCAAAAACUGUAUUAAGCACGUAUCUCCAUGAGAUAGAAUGUGUCACUCAUAGCCUAGAAUCGUUGAAUUCUAGACAUUCACAUUUAUGGGCAGAAAAUGGCGAUAGUCUGUCAAAGAUUUAUGCUGGCACGGGUGCAUUGAAAUCUGAAUAUACACGUAGCGGGAAACUCACUUGGUCGGGCGUUAUUGGAGACGCUACGAAAACGGUCAAUCGCUUUUAUAUAAAUAAUUUUCAGGAUAAAUUUAAACAAGAAGCCAUAGAUUUAUUACUCGGCAAACAAUUAAAUCAAAAUCAAAUUAUGAUUUAUGAUCCUGUAAACGAAUUGGUUCUUGAAGACAUUCAAAAAAGGUUAAAUGAUUUUUCAACAAAAACAACAAUAAAUGUUUUUGUUGGAACAUAUAAUCUUAAUGGUGUUUCACCUUUGGGUGAAUCUCUUACACCCUGGCUCUUUGCUUUUGAUGAUUAUGAGCAAGAUCCACAUCUGUAUGUAAUUGGGUUUCAAGAAAUCGUAGAGUUAAAACCUCAACAGAUCGUUUCUACAGAUCCAGAAAAAUUCCGUAUCUGGGAGCGUGAAAUAAGUAGAACACUCAAUGGUCGUCACGGAAAUCAUUCCAAUUAUGUGAUUUUGCGUUCAGAUCAAUUGGUUGGUACUGCAUUAGUUAUUUAUGCAAGAGCUGAUGUGGUUUCCAAUAUAAGGAAUGUUGAAUGUGUCAUGAAAAAGGGCGCUGUGGCCAUUAGCUUUAAUUAUUUUGAUACAAGCCUUUGUUUUGUAACAGCGCAUUUUGCAUCUGAAAGAAAUAAAGAAUAUCAAGCUAUUCAUGAUGGUUUAACUUUUAGAAAUGGUCGACGACUUGAACAUUUUGAAUAUGUGGUUUGGUUGGGUGAUUUUAAUUAUCGGAUAUCUUUAACAAAUGAACAGGUUCGAGCUUUCCUAGAAGAUGAAAAUCUUGAUGCAUUAUUAAAUGCUGAACAGUUGACCAAACAAAUUGAACGGGGGCAAGCUUUUACUGAUUAUAUUGAAAAUCCUAUUACAUUUUUCCCAACAUAUAAAUAUGAUAUUGGAACAGAUAUGUAUGAUACAAGUGAAAAAGCAAGGGUUCCAGCAUGGACAGGUAGGUUCAAAAGAGCAGCCAAAGAAAAAGUUCAUAGAGAAAUAUAUUUAGAAAAGCUACAAAUUGUGUCUCAAGACAAUAAUAAAUUUUCUUAUUAUUCAAAUGUCACUGAAAUAGAACAAAAUGGAAAACAACAUUGGGAUAAAUUGGCAAAAUCGAUAAGAAAAGUUAAUGACACACCAUUAACUACUGAUGAUGAAAUCAUAGCAAAAUUAGCAAAGUCAAGAGAAACCGAGAAUCAAAAUGCACCUGUUGGUAUAUUGAUUGAUUUUGAAGACGAAGUGCCCCCGCCAAGUUCAGAACAUCAUCAGUGGUGGACUGUCCCAAUCGUUGGAACACACACAACAGCUUUAUCACCAGUUAAAAUUGAUAAAAGUACAAUUAAUCACGAUUUUCGGAAGUAUUCAAAUAAUCCAUUUUAUGACACAUUGGUAAACCCAAUGAUGACAGACUUUUCUGAACAACCACUUGUAUCUUUACCAUCUACAAAAUCAACAAUUCAAGAAUUUAACAAGCCAAAAAAAAAAAUAAACCCAUUUUUUGAGAUUGAUUAUGAACUUGACGAUGAUAAAACCAAUAAUAAUGAUCAAUUAAUCGAUAUUCCGUUUGAUUCAUCGGAACAAUCAAAACCGGAAGUCAAUUCACACAAUGAUUGGAUUCCAUUAAUUCCAACUAAAAUCAAUCGUGGUGAUGAUAGUAAUUAA